AGUUUUUUUUUACUUGGCUGUAACUUUUCGAUGUAUUUGCACAUUUAUGAUUCCGAAAAACAAAAUAAAAUUAGUUGAUUAUAUGAAAAAUAGGCAUUGCAUUUAGUGGACUUUAUAUUUAGUCGAUUUUUUAUUAUGGUCAGGUCGGCCAUGUUAAACCAAAUUUAAUCUGUGGCACAUACAUUCAAAACUCAAAUAACCGUUGAAUUCGUUGAGCUAAGAAUAAAUUUGGUUCUUUUUAAUUUGUUUUUGUUGAUCCACAAGUUUUAUUAUUAGUCUCCCAAGCCCGAUCUAUAACUAUCGGACUGUGUUUUCUAAAUAUAUACUGGUCUCCACGAUUAGAACGGGCGAAUGUUUUCAAAUAUUUUAUUGAGUGACUCUUCGUCUUUUGUAUCACCUGAUAAAGGUAUCAAAACCAUUUACAAGAAAUUCCAAAACUUUUUGGGUCGUGGAGCAGAAGACAACAGUUCGAAAAUUAAUGAAGAAAUGUUGUCUGUUGGCGGAAAUGCAACUGCAUCUGAUGACAGUUUCAUAACACCAGUUUCAUCGGUGGGCGAUCUUAUGGCGAUGUCACCAAAGAGAUCCAAUGAUGUUUCGGAACAGAGGAACGAGACCAGCGAUCUCCUCACCGGGUCGGACUUCGAUAGCAUCUGUGAUGUAACUAUGAAAGAGGUGCCAAUGUCAGACGAUAUGUUUAUUGAUGCCACAAGUUUAGAUUUUCUCGUGAAGUGUGCCGAAUCUAACCGCAACCAUAACCACAUAGAUCGGGGCAAGGAAAGUUUAUUUGUGAAGUUCGACCCACUGUAUGCACGUCAAAAGCUUGAAGACGCGAGCUCUGUUCAUACAGAUUCUGCAGCGGACUCAUUGGAGUGUGAUGUGGGCUACGAGACAGGCAGCACAGUGUCAGUUUACACUGAUAACAAUGUGAUAGCACCAAAACAAACGCAAUCCGCAGGUGCCAUGCCUUCUCUGAGCAGAGAUAAACCCAUGCAGGUAGUACCACCAGUUGUUAACAGUGGAGCUCCAAAAUCUGGUUGUAGUCACGCUAGAUCUACACCAGGGCUGAUGCGCAGCGUCUCUGCUAUUCUCACCCCUUCUAGAGGUGUGGCCACUGAGAGACUCAUUAGUAUAUCAGGUAGUACUCCUCCCACUGCAGCACCAAGAAGUCCUCGCUAUCACAAUUUUACAACCCAAGAUGUGGAUCAUCUUCACACGCUCAGAAUUAUUUUACAAAAACAAGAACAAGAAGUAUUGCAGCUUAGACAACAGAAUAGGGAAUUAAAGAGUACAUUGCAAGAUAUGGAACACAACUACAACAGGGUCACAGAAGAUUUGACAUCUAAAGUUAAGAAAUUGACUGAUGAAAGGGACCAUUCUCUUCAAAAGGAAUUAAAAUUACAGCAGCAAAUCAAUGAUAAAACUAUGAGCAACAAACAAAUGAGUAUUGUUAUGGAGGAAUAUGAAAAAACAAUAUCUUCAUUAAUAGAGGAACAGCAGCGGGAAAAGAUAUUGAACCAGGAAACCUUGGAAAAGGUUACAUCGGACAGAGACCAGGCUCUUAACCAUCUCAGUAAUAUGGAGAGUUCUUUUAAUGAUCUGCUUACCAAGUACGAAAAAUGCAAGAGCGUAAUACUGGAAACAAAAGAUAGAGAGAAGAUGUAUGAACAGAAAAUGUCUGAAUACCAGGCGGCUGUCAAGAAAUAUGAGGAGCUGUAUGGGAAUCUGAAACAAGUGACAUCAGAUGCACUUUCUAAAGCUAAUGAAACUUUAGAGAAUCUCAAGAAGAACUAUAAUAUUGAAGUUACAAAGUUGAAUGCUACUGUGAAGAAGCAUGAAAUUACUAUAGCUUCCCUUCAGGAGUCCUUGGUUCAGAAAACAAGAGAUAAUGAUGAACUGAUGAGGUUAUAUGAUCAGCUCAUUAGUGAAGUGCAUUAAUGUCAUUCAAACAAUUUAUCUCCAUUUGGUGCUUUCAUUCUUUCCAUGCUUAUAUGUUAAACAGGCUGCUUUUCUUAGCUGACUUUCUCACUGUGAUGAAUCUCAACUUUUUUUAUCUUAAAUUAUUAGUUUUAAUAGUAUUAUUUAUUAGUGUUUAGUUUUAACUUUUUGUGACAUUUGUUUGUUUAAAAUUUUGUGAUUAUGUUUCUCUUAUUACAUGUUUAUGACAACAGUAUUAGUUCCUGACUUUAAAAUUUUGAAUACAUUGUUUACUGUAUUAAUUUGACACUAAAAUGCUAAUGUGUAGAGAAACUACUAAAUUCAAUACUAGUGACUUAUCAAUAAUAUCCA